CAAUCUCCUCUUCCAAAAUCCUAAACAAAAACCUCUCUCUCUCUCUCUCUCUCUCUCUCUCUCUCUCUCAUUAUCACUGUGAUUUUUCAUUCAGAGAAAAGAAAAAUCAAAGGAAAUGUUACGGUCCCUUGUGAGAGCCACAGCAACUAAUCAUCAAUGGCAUCACAAGCCAACUACAAUCUCAUCUUUCAGCUACUCUUCUAAGCCCCUCAAACCCGCUCCAACUUCGAAACCCGAUCCCAAGAACCCCGCCGCCGCCGAUGCUCUCUUCGACGAACAGGACCGUCUCCGCCGCCUCGCCGCUGACGACAAGGACCCUUCUCUGGACGUGGGCCCCAACAACCGCCCCCUCUUCUCUUCUGCUACUUCCCUCUCCAAACUCGCCCGUAACGAUGUCUGCACCUACUUCAAGCUCACGAAGGAGGCCCUGAACGCGGUUUUACCUGAGGGGUUGCCAAUGGGUAUGGUGAAGGAGUUCAAGGACUCCAAGCGAGACGCUUUGCUUGUUCGGCAGAGCUUCUUGGAGCUUCGUGAUAACUUCAGGCGUGUGGUUGAUCCCCCAAUGUGGUCCUCUACUGCUAAAGGCUUCAAAAUUAGGAAGCAAGUUGUGUUAGAUGGUCCUGUUAGCUGUGGGAAGAGUAUCGCGCUUGCAAUGCUUGUUCAGUGGGCCCGAGAAGAAGGUUGGCUGGUUUUCUAUGUUCCUAAAGGCUGGGAAUGGACUCAUGGAGGAUUUUUCUAUAAGCAUCCACUAACUGGUCUAUGGGACACACCUGUCCAGGCUGAGAAUGUCCUCAAGGAUUUUUUGAAGUACAACGAGUCCUACCUAAAACAACUGCCAUGCCAAAUAUUUGAUCCAAUCCCAUUAGGUGAGGGUGCUGGUGUUGGAUGGUUGAAAGAUGCUGAUUCCUUGGGGAUUUCUGAAGGUACAAGUUUAUAUGAGCUGGUGAAGACUGGAAUUGAACAAACACAUGCAGCUGUUGGAGUGGUAGUUCGUUUGAGGAAAGAGUUAUCACUUGUUAAAGACAUGCCUGUUCUUAUUGCAAUUGAUCAAUAUAAUAACUGGUUUACAUUCAGUGAGUACGAGGAGCCAGUCACAAUUCGUUCUUGUCGGCCAAUACAUGCUAGAGAAAUUACAAUGGUAAAGGCUUUUAGGUCAAUGAUGCAUGAUGAUAUGAUGGUAGGGGCUUUUUCUCAUUCAACAGCGGUAGGAAAGCUUCGAAAAGACUUACCAGAUGUUCCAGUAGAUGCCCGUGUAAUUUUUCCUCGAUACAGUUUAGAGGAAGCCGACACCGUGUGCCAUUAUUAUUUAAGGCAAAGGCUUAUUCGUCGUGAAGUAUUCUCAGAAGAAAAUUGGAAAAAAAUUUACUUCCUGUCCAAUGGAAAUGGAACAGAAAUGAGGGGGUUAGUUCCUUUCAUGCGAUGACAGACAACAAAUGCAUUAUUUUUUCAUUAAUGAGAUGUGUUAUGGCUUUUAAUCGAUAACAAUAUUGAUGUUUCCCAUAUUCUUGAUCUAUUCAUCAUAGGAUACAGUUGGAUUGCUAUUUGCAUGAUCCACUUUAAUCUGUUUAUUUAGCAUUAAGAAUUCUUCUCGAAGGCAAUGUACUACUAUGUAUAUUAACUUGCAUAUUAUAGUUUUAGAAUCAGUAAUAAGGUGGA